AUGAAGAUUUUUCAAAUUCAAUGCUCAUCUUUCAAGGAAAGUAGAUGGCAAAAAAGUAAAUGUGACAAUUGUUUAAAAUUUCAUAUAGACAUCAAUAACAAUAGUAAAACCUCAAAUACAGAUACAGACUUUGACGCCAAUACAAAUAUAAAUUCAAACAUAAACUCAAAUAUAAAUUCAAAUAUAAAUAUAAAUAAUAGCGGAAACAAUAAUAAAAACAGUAAUAAUAUAGAAAUUACUGAAAAUAUUGAUAAUAAAGCGAAAAUAAUCAAUAAACAUAUAAAAACUAUAACAAAUUCAAAACCAAUACCAAUACCAAUACCAACACCAACACCAAUAAGUAUAAAAGAAAAAGAAAAAGAAAAAGAAAAAGAAAAAGAAAAAGAAAAAGAAAAAGAAAAAGAAAAAGAAAAAGAAAUGAAAUCAACAAUUAAUUUACGUUCAGAGGAUACAACAUCAAAUAAAUCAACUAUAGUUUUUACAGAAUGUUUAGAAUAUAAAGGUCAUCAAUGGAGACCAAAUAUAUGUGUAACAUGUUUUUCACCAAAGAAUAAACAUAAAAAUGUUUUACCAGAAACUAGUACACCAUUGAUUUCACAAUCAUCCCAAACAUCAACUAUAACACCAUCAUCCUCUUCAACCUCUACAUCUACUUCAUCAAUUUCUACACAUAAAACUGCAAAUAAUAAAACUGUAAUCACUUAUAUCUCUUCAACAACUACAACUACAACAACUUCAUCAUCAUCAUCAUCACCACCAUCUUCAUCAAUUGCUGGUAUCACAAAUCCAACCUCAAGAUCAUCUUCACCAAUACUAAAAUCAGUACCACCCUCAGCUUAUUCAAAUGUUGUUAUUCCAAUUAAUAAUAUCAAUAAUAGUAAUAGCAAUAGCAGUAGUGGUGGUGGUAAUAAUAAUAAUAAAUCAAUUUCAACACCAUCAUCACCAAUUAUAUCAAGACCAAUAACAAAUAAAAUUAAUAAUAAUAAUAAUAAUAAUCAACCACAAUUACAUUAUAAUCAACCACAAAGUUCAAGUGUUUCAACAACAUCAUCACCAAUAAUUAGACCAGUAUUGAGAAGACAAUUUCAAUCAUUCCCAUCGAAUCCAAAAAUUUCAAAAGCAAUAUUAGAACAAUGUAAUAUCAUUAAUAAUAAUAGCAAUAGCAAUAAUAGCAAUAAUAAGGACCCAGUAAUACUUUGUAAAUAUACAAUAGAAUCACAACCAAAGAGUAAUAUAUCGGUUUUAAAACCAACUUUGGUUGAAUUUAUAAAUCAACCCGAUAGUAAAGAUGAUGAAUCAUCAGUAAAAUCACCACCAUUACCAGUGGAGUCACAACCAAUAUUCAAUUCAAAACAAAGUGCAACAAUGGAUGGAAUUACCACUCAUAAAUCAGUAUCGAUUACGAUUUCCACAUCGACAUCACCAUCUUCAACAACCACAACCACAUCAACUACCACUUCAAUUAUAGCAGAAGAACCAUCGAGUCCAAUAUUACCAACUGCAUCACCAUCCUCCUCUUCUUCAUCGAUAAUUACAACCGCAACUGCUUCAACAAUACCAAUGUCACCUUCAUUACCAUCAAUACCAUUUCAUGAGUUUGAAACAAUGGAAUCCUCUACCACAACAACUUUAUUAUCAGAAAAUAAUGGUGGUGGUGGAGGCAGUAGUUGUAAUGAUAAUAGUAGAAGAAAUAGUUUGAAUAUCUUACCAUUAAGAUUAAAAUCAUUCUCAUUUUCUGCUCCACAAUCUGAUUCAAUGAUUGAACAACCAGAAGAUGAUCCAUUUUUUGAUUUUGAAGAUUUAUCAGAUGAUGAUGAUAGUAAUGAUAAUGAUGAUGAAGAAUUAAAAGAAAUAAAUGGUGAAAAAAUAAUACAACAAAAUGAUCUCACUCCAACUACUACAAUAACCUCAACUACAACAAUUUUACAAAGUCCAACACUCGAAAAAACUUUAUCAACUACAACAACUACAACUAUACCAUCACCAUCAACAAAUUCAAGGUCUAUUUGUAAUACUUUAAUGGAUAGUACAGAUUCGAUUAAUAAUACAAAUACAAAUACAAAUACAAAUACAAAUACAAAUACAAAUACAAAUACAAAUACAAAUACAAAUACAAAUACAAAUGCAAAUAUUAAUAAUAAAGUAUCGACUACAACUACAACCACAACAACUAAGAGGAGAUCAUUAAAGAUGGAUCAAUUUAAAGAGAAAGAGGAUGAAUGGGAUCAAGGUGUUGAUUUAACAUCAUUUUUAAAGAGAAAACCAACAUUACAAAGAGAUUUCAGUUAUUGUAAUAAUAAAGUAAUGGAAAUUUCAAGUGUAAAAGAAGAAGCCAAACGGUUACAUGGUGGUACUGGAUAUAUUCAUCAAUUUGCAUUUGAAGCAUUUAAAGAUAUUUUAGAGGCAAAACAAACUCAAAUCAAUAGAGCUUUUUGUUCUCAAAAAAUUGAUGCUCCAGAUUGUGAAAUGUUAAUAAAUGAAAUUAACACUGCAAAGAAAUUAUUGGAAGAUUUAUUAGAAUUAAAUAGUAAUAGUAGUGGUAGUGGUAAUAAUAGUAAUGAUAAUAGCGGUUCCUCAUCACCUUCUUCUUCAAAAACAAAUACUUUAAAUCAACAAUCAAUUUGUAUAAAGAGUGAAAUUUAA